AUGCGAAGCGAACCGAGAUUAGCUGACUGUGGGACGCAAUUAACAGGGAAGUGCGGAGCGCGCAAGAAGCAAGACGCGAAGCACGUGACCAUUAAUUUUGAAAAUGCUACGAAAAGGAGUACAAAGAAGGUUCCUCCGAAUCAACAAAUGGUCAGCUUCCAAUUCUUCGCCAACUGCAAGGUUUCCAAGGCCUUUGCUGGCUUCAGG